AUGCAAAUAAAGAAUAAAUCAAUAUCCUUUGUUGGUGUUAUGCUUACUGACCCUUCAUUUAGAAGGUUUAUAAAUUUUUGUAUAAUAUCAGCUAUUAUUUGGUUUAUUCCUCUUUAUAAUGUAUAUGUAUAUUUAUUUUUAAACAACUAUAGACAUCAUUUAACUGUUCAUCACAAAAUAUAUGAAUACCUAACAAAUGGAAUUAUUAUAACUACGUUUUAUUUUAUGCUAAGAAAAAAAAAUGUUGGAGGAACAGUAAAAGAUGUUUUAAAAAAUAAAAACAAGUUAAGAGGAAAAGUUGUAAUAAUAACAGGGGGAUAUAAAGGUAUUGGUCUUGCUGCUGUUAUAGAAUACGUGAAAUAUGGGUGUGAAAUUAUUCUAGCCUGUAGAUGUAUAAAACGUAUGGAAGAACUUCGUAAGGAUCUAUUAUCUAAAUAUCCAGAUGCUAAAAUAAAUACCGUUCAAUUAGAUUUAUCAAGUUAUGAAAGCAUAGAAAAAUGUGCAAAUAACAUAUUAAGAAAAUUUCCAAAAAUUGAUAUUAUAGUAAAUAAUGCAGGAACAUUAAAUCAAACAUUAGAAUAUAUUAAUGGUUUGGAGCAUACAUUUUUUGUUAACUAUUUUGGUCACUUUUAUUUAAUUAACUUAUUGUAUAAAAGAAUUUUAGCUUGUGACACUUUAGUUAUUAACAUGAGUAGCAUAGCACAUGCUAUGCUGAAUGAGAAGGAUGUGAAAUAUGAUUUUAUUUUUGAGAGCAAAUCAAAAACAGAUACCAAUUCUAAUUUAUUAUAUAGACGCGAAUAUAAUUUUUCUAAACUAUGUAUGCUUUAUUAUACCCAGCAGUUGCAAAUCAGAUUGGAGAAGGAAUCAACGAAAGCAUGUACAGUGUCCAUCAAUCCAGGAUUAGUAAAAACAGAAUUAUUUCGAAAUGAACAAUGUUGGUUUAGGUCUUUAUGUAAAAAUGUACUUUUUGUAAAGACUCCCUUACAAGGUGCACAAAGUAUAUUAUAUGUGAGUUUGCUAAAUCGUGACCAGCUAGCUAAAGGGUCGUAUUAUUCUGAUUGCAAAACAGACUAUGUCCGAUCUUAUGCAAAAGAUCUGAAAAAAUCUGAGGAACUGUGGGCUAUUUCUGAGAAAAUUUUAAGGGACAGGUGA